GGGUAACUACCGAUCACCUGGCAGUGUCUCCACAAAGUGAAAUAGCUGGGAUUGUGAUUUCCAUUUGCUUGGAAUGGUGAAAUCAAACAUGUAUCCCUAUACAGCAUAUUUUGCCAAACAAGUAGAAAAUGCCAGGAAGAAAUAUAAAAUUGCCACACCAUCAGUUACAGGGUCGUCUGAUUUUGAAAGAAUCUUUCGUGCACAGCAGAACUUGAAUGAAUUCUAUCCUCUGUUCUUGGUUGUAUUGUGGACUUCUGGAUUGUUUUUCAAUCAAGAAGUUGCCUCAGUCUUUGGUUUUAUCUACUUGCUUGGUCAGCACAUGUACUUUAUUGGAUAUGCAGAGUCAACAAAGGGAAGGAUUCCUGGAUUCAAAAUUGGUAUUGCGAUGUUGCUCAUACUAAUCAUUCUGAGCUUCUUUGGGAUCACAGAUUGCAUGAUUGACAAAUAUUUUGAUAUCAACAUUGCUAAAAAGAUCAGCAAAUUGUUUUCAUAA